AUUCUUUGCUUCUAGCUUUCUCUAUAUAUUGAGAGUUCCACAAACAAAUUUGUGUGUAGCAAACUCAGCAAUGGCCACUCAAGGUCCUCUUCUCUUCUGUGCCCUUGUCCUAGUCCUCUCCUUUGCCCAUUGCCAUGGCGUAAAGCCCUCGGCUAUGUUCAGCAGACAUAGCUUUCCACCCGGUUUUACUUUUGGAGCAGCCUCAUCAGCCUACCAGUAUGAAGGAGCAGCACAUCUUAGAGGCAAGAGUAUCUGGGAUACCUUCACUGCAAAACAUCCAGAGAAGAUCUCGGACCAGUCAACUGGAGAUGUAGCCAUUGAUUUUUAUCAUAAAUAUAAGGAGGACAUUCAACUGCUGAAGUUCUUGGGUAUGGAUGCCCUUAGAUUCUCCAUCUCCUGGACUAGAGUACUACCAACUGGAAGAGUUAGCGGGGGAGUGAGCAAGGAGGGUGUCCAAUUUUACAACAACGUCAUCAAUGAGCUCUUAGCGAAUGGACUGAAGCCCUUUGUGACUCUAUUCCAUUGGGAUCUUCCGCAAGCCCUUGAAGAUGAGUAUGGUGGAUUCUUAAGCCCUAAAAUAGUGGACGAUUAUCGCAACUAUGUUGAUUUUUGCUUUAAACAAUUUGGGGAUCGAGUGAAGCAUUGGAUCACUUUGAAUGAGCCAUUCUCCUAUGCCUACUAUGGCUACUCAACUGGGACUUUUGCACCGGGCCGAUGUUCAAACUAUUCAGGCACUUGUGCCUCUGGGAACUCUGCAACUGAACCCUAUAAAGUGGCACACCACCUACUUCUUUCUCAUGCUGCUGGAGUGAAAUUGUACAAGGAGAAGUAUCAGAAAUCUCAAAAGGGAAUCAUCGGAGUAACUCUAGUAACACAUUGGUUACAAUCAAAGUAUGCAACCGUUGCGGGUGUCAAGGCUUCCCGUAGAGCCCUUGAUUUCAUGUUAGGAUGGUUUUUACAUCCAAUCACAUAUGGCGAGUACCCAAUGACCAUGCAAUCUCUUGUGGGGCAUCGACUCCCCAAAUUCUCGCCAGCAGAAUCCGAAAUGCUGAAGGGAUCACUGGAUUUCUUAGGAAUUAAUUACUAUACUUCAAAUUAUGCCACUACCUAUGCAUCAGCAGUAAACACCUUGGAGCUAAGCUGGGCAGUAGAUGGCCGACUCAACCUAACCACGGCGAAAGAUGGGGUUAACAUUGGCCAACCGACCCCAUUGAAUUGGCUUUACAUUUGUCCAUGGGGAAUCAGAAAACUUAUGCUUUACAUCAAGGAACAUUACAACAAUCCAACUAUUUACAUUACAGAGAAUGGCUUGGCUACUGCAAAUAAUGCUUCAGUGCCUGUGAAGGAAGAUCUCAAUGAUACCUUGAGGAUAACAUACCACCGUGGACAUUUGUACUAUCUCUCAAAAGCUAUCAAGGAGGGCGUCAAUGUGAAAGGAUACUUUGCAUGGUCUUUUCUUGAUGACUUUGAAUGGGAUGCUGGUUUCACCUUUCGCUUUGGCCUCAGUUAUGUGGAUUAUAAAAAUGGUUUAAAGCGAUACCCAAAGCAUUCUGCUUAUUGGUUCAAGAAGUUCCUUCAAAAAUAAAAAAUGUAAUCCCAACUACUAGGUGGUUUUUGCCAUCAUCUAGAGUUUGGUAUCGUUAAUUAGUAUUAGUGUGCUAAAAGAGGAUCUUCAAGAUCUUCACCAUGAAAACAAUGCCUAUGUGUUGUAAUAUGAGACUUGCUUAACUUAGUAUUAAUAAGAAGAAAGCCUCGAGUCUUUCUCAUUUCAUGAA